AUGAUUUGGAGAAUAUGGAUUAGUGUUUACCUGUUCAUUAUAAUAUACUUUACAAAUGAAGGAAUCGAAGUAUCCGCUGGAUUCCAGGGAGAUUCAUUAUAUGAUCAAAUUCAACGUAACCUUACUGAUGCCCAUGAACGACUGAAAGAAGAAAUUAACAAUUUAACCAAAGAAUUACAAGUGGGUGAUAUACGAGGUUCAUCAAAUAAAUAUAUAUAUAAUAGACUAUUGACUAGUACUUUAAUUACCUUAUUUAGUUUAAUCAUAUUGAAUUAA